GGACCAGUAUGUCUUCUUCACAAUACAAUGUCCAAUAAAUGAAAUUCUUAGUCACUUUCAGCUUCCAUAAUAAAUUUGAGUUGUGGCAUUCGUGGUAUAUCUUCAGUGUAACUAUUCUCCUACAUGAAGAUGGUGUUAUCCAUUUAUCUUCCAUAUAAAUGUAAGUGGCUAGCCAAUGGACGAGUGACCAAUAGACAACCAUCUGAUAGAGGACCCAAUGGUUAUAUAUUUUGUCACUGUGAUACAGAUGAAUGUCGUGCUUUUGGAUAUAAAGAAUGCAAAGCUGAAUUUUAUUGUUACAGUAUUUAUGAAUUAAAUUGGCCGCCAGACAAAAAUGCCCAGUUAUUAAAUCGAUCAACAGAUAUUACUGGUACUUCCAUCAGUCGUGGUUGUAUAUCUAACAGUUUUUUAACAAUGUGUACAAAGAAGGAAAUCCGAUCAAAGAAACAACUCAAUUCACCCUAUCUAAUAACUCACUGUUGUAGAGAUGCUUGGUGUAAUGCAGAUAAAGUGAAAAUUGCUCAAAGUGACUGGUUACCUCAAGAACCUAAACGGUUUAUUCCAAAGACAGCAGAUUAUUCUAAGUAUGAAGGAGAAACAAAGAAACCAGCUAGUUUAAGACAAAAUGCACAAUUCAAGUCAGCACCAUCUUUGAUUACUUCAAGGAAUUUCGAAAAUUUUAAAAGUGGAGACCAGUUAAUCAGAGAUGAUUAUUCAGAAAGUUUAUUGAACUCAGGUGUGAUUUCUCAAGGUCCUAAGAAGCAAAUCACAACCAAAGAAGAAAAGUCUGAAAUUAAUCAUCCAAAACGAGGGAUAAGACAGAAAACAGAAAAAGGGGUUGAAAAUAUUGAAGCUGAGUCGAACCACGUAUUAACCGAAAACUUUCAUUUAUCCUAUUUUAAUCCUCUGAAAUCAACGCCUUCUAAAUCCUAUAGCAUGAACACACUACUUGCACAACCAAUUUACGUGGCAAUGGGGAUAGCACUAUCUAUCCUUCUAUUUGGUAUUUUAUUCCUUACAACAGCACUUCUAAUUUAUCGUAAACACAAACACUUUCAUAUUUCUAAUUGUCAUGCAGUUUGUAACUAUUCAUGUCAUAAUGGGAAUGCUGUUACAUCACCCACUAUGGAGAGUGUCAAUCAUAAAAGCUCUGUAGGAAUAUCAGAAAACUUAAACAGAUAUCAGAAUUUGAGUCAACUAACUACCAUGUAUCCAAAUCAAAAUUCAGUUGACCAACCACUGUUAUUAAAUGGUAUCAGUUCUAAUGAAAGCAUGAAUCCCUCCACUGAAUACCGAUCAUUGCCAUCAGGUCACGGUGACAAUAACUGGUUGAAACCAGUUGAUAAUGUGACUUCUCAUGAGAAAAAGGAAAAUAUCUGUAAAGAAAAUUUAUUCACAUAUUGUUGUUGUUGUUAUCCGUAUCGUGAUAACGUUGUUCCUACUAAUCAUAUUCAUGAUAAUAAUACUACAAGUAAAAGAUUCACAUCAUUUAGGAAUUCAUCUAUGCUCAAUAAAAGAACACCAGUAAGUAUUGACAGUAACAAUAAUAGUAACAUUUCUGGGGAACAUUUUCACCCGGCAAUAUGUGAAGAAAGUGAAUUGAGUUUAAACACAGAAAAUCAGAAACAUGAUCCAAGUAGUGUAUCUACACCAUUAUUCAGCUUACAUUCAGCAUCACUGCAUCAAAUAUCAGAUUUAAUUGAGCAUAGAAAACUAAAUAGUAACAAUCAUAGCAAUAAUAAUAAACCGCUAUUGUAUAAUAAUCAAAAUACAUUUACAUGGAUACAAAAUCAACAGUCUCAGUUGCAUCAGCAAAGCCGUCAUCAAAAGUUUCAACAGCUAAAUUCUAAUUUAGUUGGGAAUCAAGAGGAUCAACAACAAACACAUUCAAUGAUCAAUGAAUUAAAUGGAAAUAAUUCUAACUCGAGUUGUUUGAAUGAAAUUAAUAAUAAAGGUAGUCCAGAUUACGAACUGAUAAAAACAACAACAAAUUACAAAUCUAAUGAAAACGAAUUAGAUUGGACAGUGGAUGCGAUAAAUUCUUUCAGUCACAGGAAAAAUGAUACUGAUAGUCAAAAUGUUGAUACAAAUUGGAAAUGUAACAAUAGCAAUGAUUUAUGCUCUCCAGAAGUGUACGAUAUUGCAGGUAUAAAUACAGAAUGUGAUGGAAGUCAUCAAGAUAGUAGGUUUAUACAGCAACAAACACUGGCACCUAUUCACUUAUCUGACUUAACAUUUCCUCAUCUUCCACCACCUCCAUCUUAUCCACCACCUCCUCAACAACAUCAGCAACAACCUCAACAGUUCAUUGAAGCAUUGAAUUCUAGUAAUCAAAUUAUACAGAAUAAAACUUCACCUUUUGUGGAAUUACACCGACUUGACAUGUUGUUACAACGUCAAAGAGGUACUGGAAAAACUAGUAGUGGUGGAGAAGAUAGUAAAACAAUAGAAAGUGAACAAUCUGAAUUAAAUCAUACGUGGAAAUUAUCAGGUUCACGUGAAAGCAGUAGUGGAGCUAGUACAGCUAUACUAGGACAAAGAAGUAUUCUUAACAACAAUAAUAAUAAUAGAAAUAACAGUCGGUUUCUAGAAUAUUCACCUGAUUUUAACAAGUUAACUGGACGUAAAGUUACUGAAAGAGAUUUCAUUGGCUUAGCAACAUUUCGUAAGGCAGAUGAAAAACAUACAGAUUUAGUUACACCUUAUGCAGAAUUCGAUUUAUCACCAGAUUCAAGUGUGUAUAAUAGUUAG